GACCUUUUCCAAGUACUUAUUAUAUCUAACAAAAUUAAACCCUCUCACUCUCCAAACAUGAGAGGAGGAGCUUCCUCUAACCUCUUCACUUUCUUUCUCUUCUGCCUCACUUCACUCGCUCUCUCCUCAGACACCUUAACACCAUCCCAAUCCCUCCCAACCAACCAAACCCUCCUCUCCCCAAACGCGAUUUUCGAGCUUGGCUUCUUCUCCUACACCAACACCACCUGGUACCUAGGCAUAUGGUACAAAACCACCCACAACACAGACAAAACAAUCGUCUGGGUCGCAAACCGCGACACCCCACUCCGCAACAACAUCGGAUUCCUCAAAAUAGCCAACAAAGGAAACCUCGUCAUCGUAAACCAAUCCCAGAAACCCGUGUGGUCCACAAAUGAAACCGGCGCCAGCGACCCAGUUCUCCAGCUUUUGGAUUCGGGGAACCUGAUCCUCAAAGAAGCAAACCAAAAGGACCCCACGAAACCCCUCUGGCAGAGCUUCGACCACCCCACAGACACGUUGCUACCGGGCAUGAAACUAGGUUGGAACCUCGACACGGGCGUGGAGAAACACAUGAGCUCGUGGAGGGUGACAAACGAGGACCCUUCAAGCGGCGAUUUUUCCUUCAAGCUGGAUUACCAGGGCCUGCCGGAAAUCUUCCUCUGGAACAAAAACCAGAGAAUCUACCGAAGCGGGCCCUGGAACGGCGAGAGAUUCAGCGGGGUACCCGAGAUGCAACCCGUAACGGACUCCAUCAAGUUCACGUUUUUCGAGGACCAGCACCAGGUCUACUACACAUUCUCCAUCGGAAACCAGUCGCUAUUUUCGAGACUCUCCGUUACCUCCGACGGGGAGCUUCAGCGGCUGACGUGGAUAGAGAGCCGCCAGGCGUGGAACAAAUUCUGGUACGCUCGGAAGGACCAAUGCGACAGCUACCGAGAGUGUGGGCCCUACGGGAUCUGCGACACCAACGCCUCGCCGGUCUGCCAGUGCGUGCGGGGGUUCCGGCCGCGCAACCAGCCCGCGUGGAAUCUGCGGGAUGGCUCCGACGGCUGCGUGCGGGACACGGCGCUCGCGUGCGGGGGCGACGGCUUCCUGCGGCUGAAGAACGUGAAGCUGCCGGAGACUACGACGGCGGUGGUGAACCGGAGCAUGGGUUUGGCGGCGUGUGGGGAAUUGUGCGGAGGGAACUGCUCGUGCACUGGUUAUGCGAAUGUUGAUAUCAGGAAUGGAGGGAGUGGUUGCGUCAUGUGGGUUGGGCAGCUAUUGGACAUCAGGAGAUACCCUGCCGGUGGCCAGGAUCUCUAUGUCAGAUUGGCGGCUAAGGAUCUUGGUGACUUGGGGGUUGAAGGUGGUUCUCACAAGACAAGCGAUACAGUUAAGAAAGUAGGCAUCAUAGUUGGUGUUGCAGCUUUUAUACUAUUGGCAUGUUGCAUCUAUAUCUUGUGGAAGAAGAGGAAAUUGCAAUGUAUAUUGAAAGGGAAGACAGAACAUAGAGGUUUUUCGGAAAGAAGUCAGGAUUUGUUAAUGAAUGAGAGAGUGUUUUCAAGUACCAGAGAACAGUCUCGUGAAAAUAACCUGGACGACCUAGAGUUGCCAUUUUUUGAUUUUAACACCAUAACAAUGGCUACAAACAACUUCUCUGAAGAAAAUAAACUUGGACAAGGAGGCUUUGGUAUUGUUUAUAAAGGCAGGUUGAUGGAAGGACAAGACAUUGCUGUGAAGAGAUUAUCAAAAACUUCUGGGCAAGGUAUUGAAGAAUUUAAGAAUGAGGUCAAGUUAAUUGUGAAGCUUCAACAUCGAAAUCUUGUCCGGCUGCUUGGUUGCAGCAUUCAGGUGGAUGAAAAGAUGUUGGUGUAUGAGUACAUGGAAAAUAGAAGCCUCGAUGCCAUUUUGUUUGACAAAGCAAAAAGAUCCUCACUGGACUGGCAUAGGCGCUUCAACAUUAUAUGUGGAAUAGCUAGAGGGCUUCUUUAUUUGCACCAAGAUUCCAGAUUUAGGAUCAUCCACAGGGAUCUCAAGGCAAGCAACAUUCUACUUGACAAAGAGAUGAAUCCAAAGAUAUCAGACUUUGGUAUGGCUAGAAUUUUUGGCACAGAUCAGACAGAAGCAAAUACUGUGAGAGUUGUUGGAACAUAUGGUUAUAUGUCGCCUGAAUAUGCCAUGGAUGGGAUCUUCUCAAUAAAAUCUGACGUUUUUAGCUUCGGGGUGCUUGUGCUGGAGAUCAUAAGUGGAAAGAAGAAUAGAGGAUUCUAUUACGCAAACAAAGAAUUGAAUCUUCUAGGGCAUGCGUGGAGGGUGUGGAAAGAAGGAAAUGCGUUGGAACUGAUUGAUUCGUCUAUUGACAAUUCAUAUUCACCAUCUGAAGUUCAUAGGUGCAUACAGGUGGGGCUGUUGUGCGUGCAAGAGCGUGCAGAAGAUAGGCCAACCAUGUCUUCAGUGGUCUUGAUGCUGAGUAGUGAUACUGCAUCAAUGCCAGAACCCAAAAACCCAGGGUUUUGUCUAGGAAGGAAUCCUUUGGAAACUGAUUCUUCUUCAAGUAAACAAGAUGAAUCAUGCACUGUGAACCAUGUCACUGUCACAAUGCUAGAUGCCAGGUAGUGAAACAAGUAUGAUCUCAUCUAGCUACAAAAUCAGUAUAUUCACAAAAAUUCUUUGAGAUAUAGUAUGAUCUCUUUUUUUUGGGUGUAAUAUAGUAGAGAUGCCUUCGUUAAAGUGUACUAUACAGUUUAAGAUAUUUUUUUGUUAGACAUUCGGAUCCGGUUUCAUUAUGUACUUACAGGGCUUAUUUAUUUUAUUUAUUCUAAGAGUACUUUAACUAUCUUGCAUUUACAAAU